AUGAUUGAAGGAGAGCAAAUAUCGAAAUCGCAGCGAAAAAAGCAAGCGAAGCAGCAGCGCAUAUCGGAGCAGAAGCCACUACGUAGAGCCCAGGAUAGAGAGCGCAAGAAGCAGCGUAUCGCGAAAGCUCGGGAGGAGAAUGACGUAGAGUAUCUCCAGCAGCUCAAGAAGAAGCAGGCGAAUAGAAAAGCCCCAAGUAAAGCGCAAUUAAAGCACUCAAAUGUUAGCGUGGUGUUAGAUUGCGCGUUUGAUGAGCUACAAGGGGAGCGUGAGGUUGUUAGCCUGUCUAAUCAGCUCACGACGUGUUACGCGCACAACAAGCACACAGUAUCACCCACACACCUCCAAGUAACAUCUUACAAUGGCAGACUAAAGCAGCGCCUCGAUCCACUCAAGUCUGGCUGGGAUGAUGAUAAAAUAACGUUUACAGAUAGCGCCGUGGAGGAGGUUUAUAAGCCCAGUGACUGCGUUUAUCUUACAGCGGAUACAGACAACGUGCUCGAUGAACUGGACACCUCCAAGCAUUACAUUCUCGGCGCUAUGGUUGAUCACAAUAGACUCAAGAACAUCACAGUUGAUAAGGCAAAGAGUCUGGGAAUGGCUGUGGCUGCGCUGCCAAUCUCAAAGUACAUACGUCUCUCAACCAGACGUGUGCUUACAGUAAACCAGGUGUAUGAGAUUCUAACAGAGUAUAUUAAGCAGAAUGACUGGCAGAAGGCCUUCUUUAGUGUAAUCCCGCAGCGUAAGCUGGAUACGGCGGUAGAGGGGGAGUCUGAGGUGGGCAAAGAAUGUGACACGGUCACAAAGGAAGCCAAAGAGGAAGCCAAUGAAAAAGCUGCAAAAGCCACAGAUACAGUCACAGAUUCGGAGCGAAUGUGA